CACAAUUGUGUUCAAUUUUCGACUGCCCGGAAAACGUAGAAACAACCAUGAGGAAAUUUUUAAUGUCAAGAUGACAGUACACAACAAACAAAUAAGGGGUGAUGUAUGAUUAGUGAAAAUUCUCUCCGGACAUUAGUUUUUUACGAUGAAUUUGGAAAAUGAAAGUGACAAAGCAGAAAGUCAGGUGAAAUCGCUGCAGGCGACGUUAUUCCCGCCUCAGUACACCGGUUCGGCGAGCUUCUUCAGCAACUUCCUGGUGAAAAACCGUCCUCCCUAUUCGGAGAACGAGGAUGACGACUGUAGAAAUCGCGUCCGAGAGUCCAUCAGCAAGGAGUUAUUCGGUGGUGGCUUCAAGGAACAUUCAUUUUCUAUACAACCGCCCAGAUGGCCCACCGAAUGCCAAGUGUUGGACGAAAGGGUGACCCACAUAAGCUACGUUCCCCCGACAGUGGAACCUUAUUACGUGGUCACUGGAACGGAGGUGCAACCCAAACCUGUCGGAGAUGAAUGCGGAAUCAUCGUCUUUCAGUACAAUCCCAUCAGUGCUGUUAACUAUUUUAGUAGAUCGAGUGUGGGCGGAAGUAAAUAUUUGCUCUCCUCGAACUUGUGCCCGGAAGAAGAUUCUCUGAAGUUCGAAUCGAGAUUCGAAUGUGGCAAUUUGGCGAGGGCCGUCCGAAUCACAUCCAACUAUUACGAAUUGCAUCUGCGCUCCGACCUGUACACAAACAGACACAUGCAAUGGUUCUAUUUCCGCGUCACCAACAUGAAGAAACGAUACCUUUAUCGCUUUUCCAUCGUGAAUUUCUCCAAAGAAAACAGUUUGUAUAAUGAAGGAAUGAGGCCGGUAAUGUACUCUAAAAGAGAUGCCCAACUUCAUUCAAUCGGUUGGAGAAGAUGUGGGGACAACAUCACCUAUUACUCAAACGACAACGUGAGUCCAGAUGAUCCGGAUCAACAAAUGACAUAUACCUUAACAUUUACAAUGGAGUUCCCACACGAAAAAGACGAAGUGUACAUCGCUAACUGUUAUCCUUACACUUACUCGGAUUUGCAGGAUUAUCUCCAUGAACUUUCAAUUCAUCCCAUCAAAUCCGUUUACACUUCCGUACGCCUGCUUUGUAAAACUUUAGCUGGAAACAAUGUUUAUUAUAUUACCAUAACUUCACCUCCGAAUUCAGGAGAUAAUCCAAAGAAACGGGCGAUUGUUUUGACUGCCAGGGUCCACCCGGGGGAGACUCCUUCCUCGUGGAUGAUGAAGGGUUGCCUAGACUUUUUGACGAGCGAUGCGGGACCAGCAAAAGAACUGAGGGAGAAAUUUAUUUUUAAGAUAGUACCGAUGUUGAAUCCGGACGGUGUGAUCGUCGGCAACAAUCGUUGUUCGUUGGCUGCCAAAGAUUUGAAUAGACAAUAUAGAACUGUCAUACGGGAUGCUUAUCCUUCUAUUUGGUAUACGAAAUUAAUGGUCAGAAGAUUAUUGGAAGAUUGUGGUGUGGCCCUUUACUGUGAUUUCCACGCUCAUUCCAGACGCCACAACAUCUUCAUUUACGGCUGCGAGACUCGUAGGGGUGCCGAAAGACGAUUGCAGGAACAGGUGUUCCCUCUUAUGUUGCAUAAGAACACUGCCGAUAAAUUUUCAUUCGAGUCUUGCACGUUCCGCAUCCAAAAAGCAAAAGAAGGAACAGGAAGAGUAGUGAUGUGGAUGAUGGGAAUAGCUAACAGUUACACCCUGGAAGCAACAUUUGCAGGCUCCACGCUGGGCAACAGAGCUGACACUCAUUUCAACACCCAGGACUAUGAACAAAUGGGCAAAUCGUUCUGCCAAACGCUCCUGGAUUACUACGACGAUGAUCCGAAAAAGGAGAAACUGAGAGAAAAGAUUGUCGAGAGAUUGUUUAAAGAGGGCUCCAAUGCGGAUGAGCCCACUAAUAUUCGAUUGAGCGACUACUCAAGCGAUGAUGGUGAUUCAUCAAGUACGUCAUCGAACGAGGUGGGAAGAGGUGACGGUUUUCCAACGGUUCCUCCUCCAUCGCCGGAAAUGGUUUACCCAAAACGACCAGUCAGGCAGAAGAUUGUUCAUGUUCAGCAACAACAGUCGUUCAAGUCCCAGAAAGUGGUGGUCAAAAGUCCUUCAGCCCCGAGAAAACCUCUGCCCAUUUGCAAAACAGUUUUGGGUUUGUCUUUAAACAACUGCUACGGAUCUGAAUCUGAUUCCGAUUCUGCUGAUACUGAACAGGAAUUCGAAACUGUUAAAAAAGGCAAAAAGUCUAGAAGGAGACGGAGAAAGAAAAAAAGUAUCAAGAAAAAAGAGAUUCAUGGGGAUUCCGAUACGGAACUGACCACGAAAAAAAACGGAGUAACUGUUUGCGACUUGAUUCCAUCACAAGGAAUGAUGAGCGAACCAAAUAUAAUAAGAUCAAAGACACCUCAACCAAUAACAAACAAAUCCCAGUUGCAAGAGAGGAAAAACAUAAUAACACAUCAAUUGGCCGAAGUUCAAGCCAAGUUAAUGUCGUUAAAGAACAAAUUAUGGUUUGGGAUGAAAUCUGAAGAGCCUCUUUCUUGGGGACAUGGAGGGGGUGUUUUCGUACCACCCGAUAUGCUAUCAUCUCCUCAAAAGAAAAAUAGAAAGAAACGAUCGGAUAAAAAGCCGGUCAAGGACCCAAAACCUGCCAAGAAAAAGCCAAUAGGAUUGAAACGUCAAACUGCCAUCGAUGUUCCUAUGAAGAAAAACAACCUGAGCAAGUCAAAAAGUCUGCCGGACAAACUGGCCAGUUACGAGAAACAAACGUACAGCUGUGAUGAACAGAAAGAAACCACAGAAAAGAAAAAGAAAAAGAGAAAAGGAAAAUUAUUGAAGAAAGCAAAGGUUAUGAGCCACGCCAGGAUAUUCACAAAAGACUGAGUUUUAAUAGUGUAAUUAAAAAAAAAACAAAAAUAAGAAAUAUAGGCACUACACCAGUUAGAGCAGUUUCGACAAGUGUUCUUCUAAUAAUACAGGGUAAUUCAGAAGUGGAUGAAUGAACUAAGACCUGUGCAUCGAUGUUCCUCGUUCUUUUUCUAGUGACGAUGUAUUUUUAUGGAUUCUAUAUUGUCGAUUUAAUUAUAGCGCUUUUUGCGUA